AUGACCAAUAUUCAAAUUUGCCAAAUCAUGGUUCAAAUUUUAAUGGGUCUUGAGUAUACUCAUAGCAAGGAAACCAUUCACAGAGACAUCAGUGCGGAUAACAUUCUAUUCUUUGCAGAAUAAGGCUAGUUCAAACUAGCUGAUUUUGGAGUAGCAACCUUUGGAACAACAGUUAAUUAUGGAGGUAAAGUAGAUUACAUGGCUCCAGAAGUCAAGGAGCCAAAGCAUUACAAUUACAAAGCAGAUAUUUGGUCUGUAGGAGUUGUUCUAUAUGAACUAUGUACAUAUAAGAGAAAGUAUAAAGAUGAGGUGCUAUCAGCUUUUCGAACUGCUAAUAAACCUACUGAAAUAAAGCUGCCAGAUGAUUACAAAGAGUUAUAACCAAUUUUUAAUAAAAUCACGUAGUAUAGUCCUCACUAUAGACCUACAGCCUCCGAAGUACUCAAAUUUUUCUUAGAGAUUUUAGGCGAUGUAAAUUCUUAUUAAUCAUACAUGGAGUAAAUGAAUUAACUUAAAAAAGAGGAGUUGGCGAAAUAGGUUAAGAGUGAUGUAGUAGAGUUAUUGCAGCUUUUAAGCACUCAAAUCUCAAAAAAUAGCAGUGAAUAAGAAUAGUUGACAUAAGAAUUGUAGUAAACUCUUAAAAGCAUUGAUCAAAUAGUUUUGAAGUCUCAAGCUUAAUAAUGA